CACUCUCUUCGCUUCGCUUUGCUCUCUCUUCUCUUCGAGAUCCAUGGCCAUGGCGCCGCGGUGGCUCUCGCUGAUGCUUCUGGGGAUGCUAGUGCUGGUGGCUGGGGUUUUUGGAUGGUUUGGGAAAGAGAGAGUCUCGGAUUUGAGUGAUGAGGGAUCGGCGAGGAGGAGUUUGGGAGAAGCCAUGGUGAUGAGGUCCGAGUUGGAUGAAGUGCAUGGGGCGGUGGAGGAUCCUGAUGCUGUUGCAGCAGAGGUCCACAUGGCCAUCAACAAUCAUACAGAACGGCGUUCCCUUGGUUAUCUAUCAUGUGGAACAGGCAACCCAAUUGAUGACUGCUGGCGUUGUGAUUCUGAAUGGCAGAAAAACCGAAAGAGACUUGCAGACUGUGGCAUUGGUUUUGGACGGAAUGCCAUUGGAGGCCGUGAUGGCCGUUUCUAUGUGGUCACUGAUUCCAGUGAUGACGAUGCUGUAAACCCCCUCCCAGGCACAUUAAGAUAUGCUGUGAUCCAAGAUGAACCUCUCUGGAUUGUGUUCAAACGUGACAUGGUUAUAACUCUUAAGGAAGAACUAAUAAUGAACAGCUUCAAAACAAUCGAUGGCCGCGGAGUUAACGUGCACAUUGCUAAUGGUGCCUGCAUUACCAUCCAAUUUGUUACCAAUAUCAUCAUCCAUGGCCUUCACAUACAUGACUGCAAACCUACUGGAAAUGCCAUGGUCCGCAGCUCACCUUCACAUUAUGGUUGGAGAACAAUGGCGGAUGGAGAUGCUGUCUCAAUCUUUGGUUCAAGUCAUAUUUGGGUUGAUCAUUGCUCACUGUCUAACUGUGCUGAUGGCCUUGUUGAUGCCAUUAUGGGAUCCACUGCCAUUACUAUUUCAAACAAUUACUUCACCCAUCACAAUGAGGUAAUGCUUCUCGGACACAGUGAUUCAUAUGAUAGGGACAAGGCCAUGCAGGUCACCAUUGCUUUCAACCAUUUCGGCGAAGGCCUCAUUCAGAGAAUGCCAAGGUGUAGACAUGGCUACUUUCAUGUUGUAAACAACGAUUACACUCACUGGGAAAUGUAUGCCAUCGGAGGCAGUGCUGAGCCGACAAUCAACAGCCAAGGCAACCGAUAUCUCGCCCCUACCAAUCCUUUUUCGCCAAAGAGGUGACAAAGAGAGUUGAUACCCCCACAGAAAAUUGGAAGGGCUGGAAUUGGAGGUCGGAAGGUGAUCUCCUGUUGAACGGGGCCUACUUCAUCCCAUCCGGAGCAGGAGCCUCAGCAAGUUACUCAAGAGCCUCAAGUCUUGGAGCUAAGUCAUCUUCAAUGGUUGGCUCUAUAACUUCUGACUCCGGGGUUCUUUUCCUGCCGUCGAGGAAGGCAGUGUUAGUUCAACUUAAUCGAGUUAAGACUCGUCGUAGAACACCGAUAAAGAGUUCGAAGAUUUAAAAAGUGAAGAUUGCUUGACAGUGUUACACAUUUUUCUGUUUUACACUGACACCAUUUGCCAUCCUCAACCUCAACCUCCCCCUGCCACCAUUGCAAUUGUUUCUUGUUUGUGGUGCAGGUUUGGAAGCGUUGCUAAUUUGUUCUCACAUUUCCUUAUAUUAUGUGAUCCUUUUUGUA